CGCUGAUGAAGUCAUGUGACAAAACAACGGCCACAAGACACGGACAAGAGUCGAGUCGUCGGAAAAAGCGAAGGACUGGCACAAACCAGCUUGCUGUUGCCGGUGCUCUUGUUGUGGCAUUGCCAAUAGCUUGUAGAAGACGACCUGGCUGUGUGCAACCCUACCGUAUCUGACCAAGCCAAGCAGACCCACGUGAAGAAGAAGAAGUGUCAAGGAGAAGAGAGUGUGACUCAACUCCUUGUGAAGAGAACCUGACCUGUUGACACCAUCUAUCAUCAUCCUCCUCGUAUCAUGAGCAGUCCGUCUCAUCCACCCCAACAACGACAAGCACGUCCCAGCAACAACAACAGUCCCACCAGUAGUAAUACUGGUAGUGCUAGUCAUGAUGCCAACGCCGCAGCCGCCGCAGCCGCAUUGGCCGCGGCCAAUGCCAUGAAAGCGGCGUCAUCUGCGGGUGUGGUUCGGAUCUGUGGAACCUCACCCGCCGAAUGCGGGUAUUGCAAAGGAGGCCGCGCGGCCAGUCUCGCCGACGCCAGUACUUCCUCCAAAGCAUACAGUCUCUUGGGAGACUCCAUGACGCCCGAGACUUACGAAGGAUAUCUCUAUCGAGGAUGGCGUCGAUCCGGGACGUACCUGUACAAACCCAACAAUUGGCAAUCCUGUUGUCCCGCAUUGACCAUUCGACUGCCCGUUCAACAAUUUACACCCACCAAGAGUCAACGAAAAGUCGUCAAGAAAAUGGACCAUUUGUUGCAACCACAACAACACACCAACAACAGUAGCAAUAGCAACAACACUAGUAGUAGCAGUCAACAACGAAAGCACAACCACAACAACCACAGCACUCAACAACAACUCGCCACGGCCAAAAAUUCAGCCAACAACUACAACAAGCGAGGCAACAAGAGGAAGUUGGUACAUCAUCAAGAUGUUGUGGCUACUGGAACAUCUAAAGGUGGUGCAGGAGCUGGAGGAGAUAAGGAUGGUGAUGUGGAACUCAAGCAAGUCUCCGAACAACUGCAACAGUGGUCUCAACCCAUUCUGCAAUCCAUAUUACAAGAAUACGUCAACAGCAAUACUACUACUACUACAAGAACUUCUUCUUUGGAUGCUAGCAGUAGUAUACAGAAUUCAGUACCAACCUUCAAAGUCAAACCUCCACAGGGCAAAAAGAAGAAACAGCAACAAGAUCAAGAGCCAAAUUCCAAUCUGACGCUUUGCACUACCAUUUGUGCCGCCAUUGCCGGAAAAUCCAAAGGAGCCAUUGACCGGGAUGGUCUAUCCGAACGACUGGCACAACAAUUCAAAGAGACUCAUGCGGGGAAAUCCAUAGCUACUACUACUAGUACUUCUGUCGCCUGGAAACUAGUGGAUGUACAACGGCAUGCCAAGAGUGGACAAGUCUUUUGUACACUGGCACGACAACAAGUGACUCCUUCUUCUUCGGAACAACAACCAAACAACAGCAACAACAACAACCAUAAUACUAAUAAUGGCAACCACAGUAGCGAUGAUGCUUCCAUGAAGGAUGCUGCCAGCACCACCGGGGGACCCAACACCACCACAAUGGCGCGAGACAAACUACAAGAAUGGAUGGAUGAACAUGGAUCCACCAUGGCGGACUUUUCGUCGGCGUCUCAUCCUACCGACUUUUCCCAAUUGACACCCUACUCUUUUGCCGUUCACACGGUACCGGCUCAUGAAAGUGCACUCGAUCCACAAGUGCACAAGUUGUACUUUCUAUACCAAACAAAAGUACAUCAAGAUGCCGAUCCAUUCACGUGCGAUCUCAACAAACCAAACAACAACAACAGCAAUUCCAACAAUCUCAACAAUAGCAACAGCAGCAUGACUGGCAACACCAAUACUGAUGAUGCCAAUGGCAUGGAAGAUGACGAAUGGUCCACUCCUGCCACCAGCGAUGGCAACAAUGUGUAUCAGCAACCAAAUGGCGGAAAACUCUCGCCGCCACCACCACCACUACCACCUUCCAACAGUAAUGAUGCCGCGCGCAAUCCUCCUGGAUUUGUCGACACGGCCAAACGCAUGCUUCAACGAGAAUACUCGCAUGUCCCACGGGAUCGACUCAAACAGAUUACCAAAUCGUACGGAUCCUUUUAUCAAUUCUUGGUCGAAUCACCCUUUACCAUACCGGCGGGAGGGCGGCCUCGAGCUACUGUGACGGAAACACCUCCCUCGUCCGCCAACAAUAACACAAAAAACAGUCAACACAUUCAGUUACCGUCUGGAACCUACCAUCAACAAUACCGAGUCGCGGGCAUGUUGAUUGCCGUUGGAGUGGUCGAUCUGUUGCCGCACGGAUUGAGUUCGGUCUAUCUCUUUUAUCAUCCACAAUUCGCGCGAGAUUUGGUGCCGCUGGGAAAGUACGCCAUUUUGCAGGAAAUUGAAUUUGCACGGGCGCUGCAGUUGCCUUAUUAUUAUCUCGGAUACUACAUUGAAUCCUGUACCAAAAUGCGGUACAAGGCCGAAUAUCGACCCUCGGAAUUGUUGUGUCCGACCACCUACAAAUGGGUCGAUGCCAUGUUGGCACAGCGGAUCAUUCAAACGUACAGUCCGGUCCAACAUUGCUGUACGUUGUACUAUGAAGAUCAGGAACAGCUAGAAUUGGAUCUGCAACGGCAUGCGCAGCAACAACAACAACGCAAUAAGAAGCAAACCAAACAGGAAAAUGGCAAGCACAAUGUUCACGAGGACGACGACGAUGGCACCGACGAUAUGAGCAUGGACGAUCCAAUGUUGGUUGGCAAUCAUCCUUCGCCAUCGUCAUCGCAGCAAGGCAAUGGCUUCGCAAACAGUUCGAAACAAGCAUCGUUGGAUAACGCCAAUUCCACCUCCACUGCGCAGCCUUCCACCUCGACGACAACCACGAAAUCCAUCCUGAAAAAGCCGAAUCCAUCUCCGUUUCCACCCAAUCCGUACGUGGAGCAAGUCAAGAUGGAUGUGGGUGUUGGUGUUCCGGUCACGUUGUCAAUGUUGCAUGAAAGAGGCAGAGAAACUGUUCGGCCACUUUUGGAAGAUUUUGUAAAGGAAGCAGGACCAGAACUGAGUCAAAAGUGUCUGGUCAAGUUCAGCUAG